AUGGCUGGAUAUGAUUAUGGCGGCGGCCGGCCCCAUGGUGAUUGGACCCCGGGUUCUCCUCAGACACAUGGCGGUGAGAGCCAAUACUGGAUGGAGAACGACCAUGCCAGCCGGGCCCCACCAUCGUCUCGACACAACGGCGGGGGUCACGGGAAUCAGCCUGGACGACCGCCCGCCUCCCCAGCGCUGAGUGCCGCCGACACGGACACCGAGUCGAGACGCAGCGGGGAGAGAAACAGGUCGAGGCCGCGGGGCUCAAGGUCUGCCAGCGGCCACCAGAUACGAACAUGCAGAAAAUGCGGAGAGCCCUUAACAGGCCAGUUUGUUCGCGCGCUGGAUGGGACCUUCCAUUUGGAUUGUUUCAGGUGUCGGGACUGUGGUCAGAUUGUGGCCUCCAAAUUCUUUCCCGCCGAUGACGAAAACGGUGGUGGCCAGUACCCCCUUUGCGAGACAGACUACUUCCGACGACUCGACCUACUAUGCUAUCAAUGCGGCGGCGCGCUUCGAGGAUCGUAUAUCACCGCCCUAGACCGCAAGUACCAUGUUGAUCAUUUCACAUGCUCCUUAUGUCCGACAGUAUUUGGCGCCCAAGACAGCUACUAUGAGCAUGACGGCCAAGUUUACUGCCACUAUCAUUAUUCGACUCAGUUCGCCCAGCGCUGCAACGGCUGCCAGGCUGCAAUUCUAAAACAGUUUGUCGAAAUUUUCAGGAACGGCCAAAACCAGCACUGGCACCCCGAGUGCUACAUGAUUCACAAGUUCUGGAACGUCAGGUUGAACCCGCCACAAGGAACGACAGCCAUGAUCAAGGACGACCCGGAGGGCCGUGAACUGGUUCGAGAGGAAGAAGAGCGCAUGGAGGAGAAGGUUUACCGCAUCUGGAGCGUGCUAUCGACCUUUGAGGAGUCAUCGGCCGCCUGUAUAUCGGACAUGCUUUUGCAUGUGAGCAACGGGGCCUAUGUCGACGGCGUCAUGGUCGCCAAGAAGUUUAUUUUCCACGUUGACAUCCUGUUCCGAUCGGCAGACAGACUCGACGCCACUAUGGCCCAGUUGGAAAUGAAAGGCCUUGCUUACGCGCGAGAAGCUAAGCUUCUUUGCAAAAAAAUUGUGGCCUUCUUCUCUCUCUUGUCCAAGACGCAGGACAGAGCUGCGCGUAAGCCCGGCGUCACACAAGAAUUACUGACUCUUGUCACCGGGCUCGCCCACUAUCUCAAGCUCCUCAUUCGGAUCUGCCUCCAGGGCGCGCUUCGCAUAGAGAAGGACCGAAAUACGUCUGACGGCCUCUACCACUUUCUCGAUGACAUUGGCGAUCUUGAGGCGCUGAAAAUAGAAGACAAUUCCACCACCACCCUGCAGCUGACAUCCGGAUUAUCCCGGCUUUCGGCCCAUGAUUCGGAUCAGUGCAUCCUCUGUCGGAAACCCAUCGAAGACGAGUGCGCGAAGAACGGCGACAGCAGAUGGCAUAUUGCAUGCACCAAGUGUUCACAAUGUGGCAAGGAUCUAUGUCGGAACCUCCAGGAUGCGCGUCUAAACACCUACGACGCUAAAAUCUUCUGCACUACUUGUUAUCCCCAAACGCCAGUUCAAAACCCACCUUUUGAGCAUGUCACCAAGCUUCAACAGUAUGUCUUCCUGCUUCAGGUGGCACUUGCAAGGCUCCUGGAGAUACUUCGGGUCAGCGGGGCCCUUUCGAGGGCUUCAGACGAUCCGACUGGGAGUGGUUACAACCCUGCCGACGGCCGAUCCAGGGACUACGGAGAGGAUCAAGCACAACAUCGCCGAGAGUCAUCUUACGAGAGCGCUUUGAACGAUGUACGAAGAUUAAAGAGCACGCGGCUGGAUAAGCAUCUAUCAUCAAGCUUUAGGAAAGCGCGGACCUCGCGAAUCCUGGAUGGCCCCGAGAGCAGUGCCGCUCGACCAGGCUCCUCCGGCGGCGGCGGUGGCGAAGGAGAAGUCAACAAGGGCUUCCAAAUUGUUGAGGAAAGGGGACCGGCUGACGAGGAAGAUAUGAUGUUACCCAAUCAGGAUGCGCUGACGUUGGAUGAUAUUCCCCGAAUUGUCGCUGCCGGGCAGGCCAGAGAGCAGAGACCAUAUGCUACAGGGCGGCAGGAACUCUUCCGUUCGCCGGCGACUGAUCCUAGGUUCGGUGAUGGAGGUGGUCAUCAGCGCAGCCUUUCAGACGGCAAGGGAGCAGACAUGCGCGCUCCUGGCGAUCAUCUGCCUCAGCGUGGCGGCCGAAGAUAUUUUUCAGAGCUCUCAGCGCUGGAAUAUUUCAUCGUCAGGCAUCUCGCUGUUCUCACCAUGCACCCCAUGGUUGAGUCGGAGUUCUCACUGGAGGAAUUGCUUGGCUUCAUUGAGAGUAGGAAACCAGCCACCUUCUGGAAGAACAUUGGGAAGGCCUUCAAGAACGAUGGCAAAAAGAAUGUCAAGAAGAAAGGAGUUUUCGGAGUUCCGUUGGAGGUCAUUAUCGACAGAGAUGGUGCCGAAUCGACAGAUGGUGUUGGACCGGGUACAUUGAGAGUGCCCGCCGUAGUUGACGACAUCAUCUCAUCAAUGAAGCAGAUGGACCUCUCUGUCGAGGGUGUCUUCCGCAAAAACGGCAACAUCAAGAAACUUGGUGAGCUGGUCGAGAAGCUCGACAGAGAAGAGGAGGUCGACUUCAGCUCGACUCAUGUAGUCCAGGUGGCCGCCCUUCUCAAGCGUUACCUCCGGGAACUGCCUGAUCCGUUGAUGACGCACAAGCUCUAUCGGCUGUGGCUGGCGGCUGCCAAGAUACAAGACGAGCAAAAGAUGCGGCAUUGUCUUCAUUUGACAUGCUGUUUGCUUCCCAAGCCGAACCGGGAUUGUCUGGAGAUACUGUUCUGCUUCCUGAAAUGGGUUGGGUCAUUCCACCAGGUUGACGAUGAGUCCGGCUCAAAGAUGGACAUCAAGAACCUGGCAACCGUCAUUGCCCCGAAUGUUCUCUUCGACAAAAACGGAACUUCAAGCCUUGGAAGUGACCCAAUGUAUGCGAUUGAAGCUGUGGAGGUGUUGAUAGCAAACAUCGAAGAAAUGUGCCUGGUCCCAGAUGAUCUUCUCCACGGUUUGAACGACCCAACGCUCAUCAACAGCAAUGGCGAGAUUACCACAAAAGAAAUUCUUAAGCGAUACGGUGAUCGCGUUGCCAACGGGCUGGGUGCACGGCAACAAGCCGAUGUUGCCGAAUUUGUGGGCCGACAUGACCGACAUGAGAUUCCGACCCGCCCCCCUCCCAGGCGGAUAGAAACCGACCCGGCGACAUGGCAGCAUGAAAGCAGUGUCCGGCCCAUCCAGGAGCCCCCAAUCCCUCACUUCGGCCCUGCCACCCAAGGAACACCACCCUCGAAGCGUGGGCCACUUGACGCCCCCGCCCAACAGUCUCCCUACGGGCAUCCGGAUAAGAUAGGAACGGAAACACCAGACAACAACAAUCGAAACCAGCCGCCAAGGGAAUGGCGCAACUCUGGAUGGGGCAGGCAAAACAGCGGGCUGACGACCGGCACUGUGUAG